AUGGCGGAUAAAUACAAACUCGUCUACACUGUUCCGGCUUCUCACUUGAAAGACACCAAGGACGCCAUCUUCAAGACCGGGGCAGGUGUCUACGACGAAGGAAAAUAUGUUCAGGUAGCCUUUGAGCUCACCGGCCAAGGCCAGUUUAUGCCUGUAGCAGCAGCAGGAGCCAACCCUCACACCGGCUCCGUCGACCAGCUUGAGCGGGUCCUUGAGUAUCGAGUCGAGAUUCUUUGCGCUGGACGUGAUGUCACGAGCGCAGCCGUGGCCGCUUUGAAAAGCGCUCACCCAUAUGAAGUUCCAGCGUACGAGGUCUACAAAUUGGAGGACUUCUGA